AUUUGUUUCCCAGUCGUAAUCGGAUCGCGUUGGCAAACGGACGUCAAUAGCGGAGCAACGAUUUUCAAUUGAACUCAACUGAAUGAACUGAACCGAAGUGUGAGCUGAGUAGAAAUUUAACGAUCGUGGUGUGCGCGCAUAUCAGCUGAAAAUAAUAAUAUAAUAAAUAAAAUAAUAAUAAAACAAAAACUGCAAAAGAUCAGAAAAAUAUUUUAAAAUUUACAUAUAUACAAAUAUAUAUGUAUGUAUGAAAUUAUGAUUUAUAUGUACAUACUAUAUAAUGAGGAAAAGAUUAAAUUUUGAUAUUUGCUCAGCGGCGAAACAAAGUACAAAGAUCGCACAAAAAUAACGGGUUUAUUAUAAGUAAAGAAUAUAAAUGUAAACUGAGUGUAAAAUUCUCAAAAUAACAUUUUAAAGAAAAGUACGAAAAAAUACUUGUGGAAAAACCUCGCAAAUAAAUAUUAUAAGCGUGCUCGAAACGACUUGAAAACAACAAAAAAUUAAACACAAAGCAAAUAAGUCGGCGAAAGAUAUUUUUUUAACGGUAAUUCUUACAAUUUCUACUGUAAAAGUAGAUUAAUGCAAGUGUUAUAUUGUUGUUGUGCACUGUGCGCUGUGUGGAUGUCAAAUGUUAACGGUAUAUAUUUGCAUAUUCAUACAAAAUAAAUUUCCAACCGAUUGUAGUGCAAAUUGGAAUUGAAUUCAGCGCGUUAGACGGACAUAAAUUGAAGGCAUUAUCUAAGCAAGAAUAAAAGCAAAAUACUGAAAACAUUACACAAGUAAAAACAAAGCAAAAACUAACGGUAAAUAUAUGGUUUUUGCAAUCCGAAAAGUGGAAAACAGUAAUUUGUUAAAAAAUUGAAAAAGUAAAGCAGAAAAAAACAGAAACUAAGUUUUAUAAUUAUUCCGCUGUAUAAUCGGUCACUCGUCGAAGUGACAACGUGCAAAAACAAAACAAAAACAAAAAUAAAAUAAAAAACGAAUUGAAAACAUUUUUGAAAAACGCAAAAACCAGUUCAAAACAUAAAAGCUACACACCUAUCGUGCCAAAAUGGCAUCGUUUGUUUAUGCAGUUUGGAGUAUUACGAAUGUCGCCUCGGUGCAUUGCGCCGUGCGGCCCGAGCUAUCGCCCUGUACCUGUGAACCGAUCUAUGCCGACAACUAUGUGGAGUUGUCGUGCGAGAAGGUGGACUCGUUCCACAAAAUUGUCGAUGCUCUGUCGAAUAAAUUUGAACCGGAAGUUAAUAUAAGCUUAAAAAUAUCACAUUCACAACUUGAGGACUUGGAAAUGCGCUCGUUUAUGGAAAUGAAAUUAAAGUUGGUUAAAUUGCGUUUACAAUGGAAUUCACUGAGAUCGGUGCCUGAGUUACCUUUUCGAGGGUUAUCAAACGUGGAGUAUCUGAGUAUAGGCGACAAUGAACUCGAAGAGAUCCCUAAGCACAUGCUGAAUCACAUGCCGAUCGUGAAAACAUUCGAUAUGGGACGCUGUCGCAUACGUUCGGUACUGCACGAUGACCUCAAGGGCACACAAAUGGUGGUGAAUCUCUUUUUGCCGAGCAACAAUAUAAAACGUUUGGAUAAGGGCGCAUUUCCGACAAGUCUGGUCACGUUGCAUCUCGGGCGCAAUCAAAUCGAGAAUCUCAAUAGCACGUUGCGGCAUCUGGACAAAUUGGAAUCGUUGUUUAUCAAUAUGAAUCGGAUUAGCAGUUUGGAUGAUGAGCUGCCGGAAUCGAAUCGUUUGAAAUUGAUUAUGGCACAGAAUAAUCGUUUGGAACGCUUGCCGGAGAGCAUGCGCUACAUGCACAAGUUGGAGAAUCUGCAUGUACAACACAAUCUCAUACGCACUUUCGAUGGCAUCUUCAAGCAUGCGCGCAAUUUGAAUGAGUUCCACGCUUUCAACAAUGAGAUCGAGUAUUUGCGUCAAGACGACUUUCUGGAGUGUAAAAUGCUGGAGGACAUUGACUUCUCGGUCAAUCACAUCAAGUCAUUGAAUAGUUCAUUGCUGCCGCUGAGUCGUUUGUAUCGCGCCAAUAUUUCCUACAAUGAAAUCGAGGAGUUCUCCAUGAAUGAGAUACGCGGUUUGGUCAUGUUGCGUAAUUUAAUUUUGAACAACAAUAGAAUCAAGCGUCUCACCGGUCACCAGGAGAACAACAUUGAUCAGAACUCUUACUUGUUCGAGUUAUAUUUGGAUCACAAUGAAUUGAAGUCUUUGGAUGGUGCUCUAAUGGGUUUGAAUAGCUUACGCAUACUGAGUCUGUCCUACAAUCAGCUGGAACGUAUUUUACCGGAGGACUUCAUCGGGUUGGCUAAGCUGGAGCUGUUAGAUUUGUCGCACAAUCAACUAUUGACGCUGAAGGAAAUGGAAAGGACAUUCCUUCCGAACCUCAAAAUCUUAAAGGCCGCCUACAAUAACAUCACCAGAUUGGAGAAGGACUUCCAUGGUCUACCCGUACUGUGUCAAGCCAACCUAACCAGCAAUCAAAUAUCGUCGAUAUCCUCGGAGUUAGUUUCGCAAACGAGAUGCAUGACCCACAACGUACCCGGCAAAUUGGAGUUGUAUUUAGAUGACAAUCCAAUACUUUGUGACAGUCGCCUAAACGAACUCUGUCCCAUCAUGCUGAAGCAAGAGACACGUAUUCGUGGCAAAUCACAAUGCUUCGAAAUUGACCAAGAAAUCUGCACCGUAUUGCCGAUGCUGUUCGUCAAUAAAUAUCCACUGAUUAUACCAACGCAAUUGAGUCAACAAGUGUUGGCCAAUGCCAAGCCGGUCGUUAUAGUACCACUACUCAAUCCACCAUUGAAUAACGGUGAUGAAGUGUUGCCACCUUUGAUUGCACCGAUUAUAAAACCGCUAAUAAUCGCACCAUUGCCACCACUGGCGACGACUACACCUUCAACAACAACAACUACCACUGCUACCACCACCCUCACAACCACAGCUGAAACUCACACUGGCGAGCAAGUAGCUACGCUGGAAGCGCCCACAUCCACUUUGGAAACAAAUGAAACUGGCGGCAUCGAAGAUCUAACUGCUGGGGUGGGCAAUAUCAAUCCGGGCGAAGGCAUUAAUGUCAACGCCAACAACACAAUAACGGCAGCACCGAACACAACCAAAGACAAGCCGCACGCAGUUGACUUCAACAACAACACCAUGGAGACACACGCUGCUGGAGGAGAUCUCGGAAUUGAUGAGAAAGCAUCCGCCGCAGUAGUUGGUAGCGUAAGUGGAAUACAAGCUACGGCCGCGGCACAUGAGGGAACACUACAGACGGCACAUGCUAUUUCGGAAUUGACUAAAAUCGUAGGAGCACCAGCAGUUAUGGCACCGCCGCCAACUGUGCUCGAAGAAGUGUUGGUCGGUAAGCCACUGCCGCCAGAGUCGGCAUCGUUGGCGCCACCAACUGAGUACGCAACUGUUGAAUAUAUACCGAAUUUGGAUGAAUUCCUACCGGGAAAUCGUCCGCCACCGAAUGUACUCGAAGAGGAUUCGAAUUCGAAUUCGGUGCAUGAAGAAUUCCCGUCGGUCGUGUUGGCCGAUCUCGAUAAUGCACCGCAAAGUCUACUAACACCGGAUGAACCACCCGAAAAUCCUUAAAUUUUAGUCACACACACCCACACACAACAUAUUAUAUUACAUCUACAUUAUUAAAAUUUAAGUUUUCAAUUCCCCUCCCUCCCACUCUCUCUCUCUCUCUCUCUCUCUCUCUCUCUCUCUCUCUCUCUCUCUCUCUGUCUAUCUACGAGUAUCUAACUAUCUCUCCUACUAUUGUGCUGUCUACUAUGUCCCACUUCAGGUUAAUUAUAAAUUAAUUUAAUUUUGAUUACCGCAUUUAGUUUUAGUAGUUGUUAGUUGCAAUUAAUAUUAUUAUAACGGUUUGUUUCAAUACGCAUAUAAAUACCCACACAUGCACAUCCCAAAUCCAUAUCACGCACGCACUCAAACAAACACACAAACGCACGCACUCAUAUACAGUUUAAAUAAGCUCAAUUUGCACUUACACACUCACAGCCGCAUACACACACCCAUACGCAGAGCAAACACGAUCAUUUUCUAUUUUUAUUUUAAUGUUAAAAUUAUUUUACAAGAUUUAAGUUAUUAUUUUUUUAAUUUUAAGUUACUGUUUCACUUGACGUAGCGAUUAAAUGUGAAGUAAUAAAUGUAAAAGAACAAAGAAAAAACAAAAACAAAAAUAAAAACAAAACGAAACAAAAUAUGCAAAUAGGUAGUUCCAAAAGUGUAAUAGUGAAUUAACACGAAAUAUGUAUGUUAUGUAAAUGUUGAUUUAUUGUGACUAAAAAUUACAUAAGUUUAAAUUUGUGAUUAUGCCAAAAUUUAUUCACUUCUAUAUAUACAUAUAUGUAUAUACAAUAUAUAUACUAAUGUGUUUGUAUGUAUGUAUUUAGUGAUGUUUUACGUAUACCUACAUAUGUAUGUUUAUGAAAUCUACUUCUGGUAAAUAUAAACGAUUAGAAAUUCAUUAUUUUAUUGAGCAGAAAUAAAACUUAUAAGUCAAACAUUCA